AAAAAAUAUCCCCUUGUAAAAUCCAGUCCCGCCAUGGCCGCAUUCUCUAUUUCUCACUCUCCCUUCACCAGAAUACACCGUAUAAACAAGCUGCCUCCAUUUCCUGUACUCAGACCUUUCCUACAGUUCCGCCCCCUGCAAUUCUUCCACUUCAAUAACCACUCUCGCUUCACAGCUCCUUACAAAUUUCCAAACUCAGUUUUCCCUGUCGAAUCGUCUUCGCAGCUCUCCGACGAUGAAAAUGAAGCAGAUUCCGACGAGGAGGAGGACGAUGACGUGGCGGCGGAGGAGUACGACGUCGUUUCAGGUGAAAUCGGGGAAGAUAGCGAACAGGACGAAGAUGAAGAAAACGACGACGUUUCAGAGGAGAGCGGCGGUAUUGGCGAGAGGAUCGGUGUUGGUGGCCGUGAGUCGAGGUAUGAGGAGUUCAAGUGGCAGAGAGUGGAGAGGAUUAUAAACGAAGUGCGGGAGUUUGGCGAGGAGAUCAUUGAUGUUGAGGAGUUAGCAUCGGUUUACGACUUCAGAAUCGAUAAAUUUCAGCGAUCGUCGAUUCAAGCAUUUUUGAGAGGUUCUUCAGUUGUAGUUUCUGCACCGACUAGCAGUGGCAAAACCUUGAUUGCUGAAGCUGCAGCAGUUGCUACUGUAGCCCGAGGAAAGAGAUUGUUUUACACUACCCCUCUCAAAGCUUUGUCGAAUCAGAAGUUCCGUGAUUUCCGUGAGACAUUCGGUGAUAGUAAUGUUGGGCUUCUUACUGGAGAUUCUGCUGUUAAUAGAGAUGCUCCAGUUUUGAUUAUGACCACAGAGAUUUUGCGCAAUAUGUUGUAUCAAAGUGUCGGGAUGGCUUCCUCUGAAAGUGCACUUUCCCAUGUGGACGUGAUUAUUUUGGAUGAAGUGCAUUACUUGAGUGACAUAUCUCGGGGUACAGUUUGGGAAGAAAUUGUAAUUUAUUCCCCUAAACAAGUGCAACUGAUCUGUUUAUCAGCAACUGUUGCGAACCCAGAUGAGUUGGCAGGCUGGAUUGGUCAGAUUCAUGGAAAAACCGAGUUAGUAACAUCAUCUAAGCGACCAGUUCCAUUGACUUGGCACUUCUCAACAAAGACGGCAAUGUUACCACUUCUUGAUGAGAAGGGCACUGGCAUGAAUAGGAGACUGUCUGUCAACCAGUUUCAGCUUGAUUCAUCAGGAGAAAAUAUGUACAGGGACGAGGGUUCCAGAAGAAGGAAAUCACGAAAAUAUCAGUUCGACGUCCCAGCACGUGCAAAAAAUGACAUGAACUCCACCCGUCGUCCACAGGUCCCUCAAGUUAGAGAUACAUUAUGGCAUCUUGAAGCAAGGGAUAUGCUUCCAGCAGUCUGGUUCAUCUUUAGCAGAAAAGGUUGUGAUGCAGCUGUUCAGUAUCUUGAAGAAAGCAAGCUAUUGAAUGAACUCGAGAUAACCGAAGUGGAGCUCGCCCUGAAAAGGUUUCGUGCUCAAUAUCCUGAUGCUGUGAGGGAAUCCUCUGCAAAAGGGCUUCUUCGAGGUGUCGCUGCACAUCAUGCUGGCUGUCUACCCCUCUGGAAAUCAUUCAUUGAAGAGCUUUUCCAAAAGGGGCUUGUGAAGGUUGUUUUCGCCACAGAAACUCUUGCUGCUGGAAUGAACAUGCCUGCAAGAACAGCUGUUAUUUCAUCUCUGAGCAAAAGGACUGAAAGUGGACGCACUCUUUUAAAUUCCAAUGAACUGCUCCAAAUGGCAGGGCGUGCUGGGCGUAGAGGCAUUGAUGAGAGGGGCCAUGUUGUGCUUGUUCAGACCCCAAAUGAAGGGGCUGAAGAGUGCUGCAAAGUUCUCUUUUCUGGACUUGAACCUCUUGUGUCACAGUUUACAGCUUCAUAUGGGAUGGUGCUUAAUCUACUUGCGGGGGCAAAAGUUACACGUACCUCGCCUGAAACAGAUGAGUCUGAUCCGUCGCGCUCUGGACGGACAUUGGAAGAAGCCAGGAAGUUGGUUGAACAAAGUUUCGGAAAUUACGUCGGGAGUAAUGUUAUGAUUACUGCAAAGGAGGAGCUUGCUAGAAUACAGAACGAGAUACAGUUGCUGGCUUCAGAAAUUACUGAUGAAGCUAUUGACAAGAAGAGUCGGAAGCUGUUGUCACAAUCUGCUUACAAGGAGAUUGCUGAUCUUCAGGAAGAAUUAAGGGCAGAAAAGCGUACUCGGACUGAACUUCGGAGAAAGAUUGAACUCGAGAGAGUUUUUUCUUUGAAGCCUUUACUAGAGGAGCUUGGAAAUGGGCAUUUACCAUUUAUGUGUCUGCAGCAUACUGAUUCGGAUGGUGUUCAACAUCAAAUCCCUGCUGUUUAUCUGGGGAACGUUGACUCUUUGAAGACUUCAAAAGUAAAAAAUAUGGUUAAUGAAUCUGAUUCGUUUGCAGUAAAUAUGGAAAAAAUUUCAAGUGAUGCUAAGUUUGACCAUACUGCUGGACCAUCUUACCACGUGGCUCUCGGUUCAGAUAACUCUUGGUACAUUUUUACAGAGAAGUGGAUCAAAACAGUCUAUAAAACUGGCUUUCCCGACGCUGCCUUGGUAAUUGGUGAUGCUUUGCCUCGUGAAAUAAUGACAACUCUGCUUGAUAAGGUAGAUAUGCAAUGGGAAAAAGUUGCAGAAUCAGAACUCGGUGGUCUUUGGUGCAUGGACGGAUCUCUUGAGACAUGGUCUUGGAGUUUAAAUGUGCCAGUCUUGAGUAGUCUUUCUGAAGAAGAUGAGGCUUUACAGUUCUCGGAAACAUACCAAAAUGCUGUGGAAAGCUACAAGGACCAAAGAAACAAAGUUGCACGUCUGAAGAAAAAGAUAUCACGCACAGAAGGAUUCAGAGAAUAUAAGAAGAUUCUAGACAUUGCAAAGUUCACAGAGGAGAAGAUACGGAGACUGAAAGCCAGAUCACGGCGUUUAGUUACUCGUAUAGAGCAGAUUGAACCAUCAGGCUGGAAGGAGUUUCUGCAGAUCAGUAAUGUCAUACAUGAAAUUAGGGCAUUGGAUAUCAACUCACAAAUUAUAUAUCCACUGGGUGAAACUGCUGCUGCCAUUCGAGGAGAGAACGAACUCUGGUUAGCAAUGGUUCUUCGAAAUAAAGUUCUCCUCGAUUUGAAACCUCCGCAGCUUGCUGCUGUUCUUGGAGGUCUAGUUUCUGAAGGAAUCAAAGUUCGACCAUGGAAAAAUAAUAGCUAUAUAUAUGAAGCUUCGACCACCGUUAUGAAUGUAAUCACCUUGUUGGAUGACCAAAGGAGCUCAUUUUUUGAACUCCAGGAAAAGCACGGGGUGAAGAUACCUUGCUGCUUGGAUAGACAAUUCUCUGGCAUGGUUGAAGCAUGGGCUUCUGGUCUAACUUGGAGAGAGAUUAUGAUGGACUGCGCCAUGGACGAAGGAGAUUUAGCUCGUCUUUUACGACGAACAAUUGAUCUGUUAGCACAGGUGCCUAAGUUGCCUGAUAUUGACCCAGUGCUGAAAAGCAAUGCAGUGAAAGCAUCCAGCGUUAUGGACCGUCCCCCGAUAAGCGAGUUAGUUAGAUGAAAAUUUUGACGGUGACAGAUUAUCUGGUAAAUUAUUUAAUUGAUUCGUAUAAUUUAUCGACACAAAUGAUGUGCUCAGUUGCACGUGAGUCGUGUAAUUUUAGUAAAUUAUUUAAUUGAUUAAAAUAGCAUUUAAACUA